GUUGAACAUGGUGUGACCAAUGAACAUUGAACGGGUAUAAGUUUUCAAUUUGUACACGACAAUUUAAAAACAAAAUCAUAGAAAAGAAAAACUGCCACCAACCUAAAAAUAAGACUUUCUUGUUCAAAAAGCAAUUCUAUUCGACUACUUCUGAAAAAGGCAGAGCAAAUAGCUCAUAAUCCAAAUUGUGAAGAUUGUUAAUUGAUGGAGACGGUGAUGGAAGAUGUAGAAGAAUACAAUUAUAGAGAAGUGAAGCUUCCAUCGUUGAUCCCAUUAGUACCUGAACCAGAGCUUGAAAGAGAAACAGGAGAAAGAAGAAGAGGAAGAGAUAUAGUUAUAGCUAUAGAUCAUGGUCCAAACAGUAAACAUGCUUUUGAUUGGGCACUUAUUCAUCUAUGUAGACUUGCUGAUACCAUCCACCUAGUUCAUGUUGUUUCUGAUGUGAAGAAUCAGAUUGUGUAUGACUUGACCCAGGGGCUGAUGGAGAAAUUAGCUGUUGAGGCUUUUGAAGUUGCAAUGGUAAAAACAGUAGCUCGGAUUGUGCAAGGUGAACCAGGAAAAGUAAUUUGCAAUGAAGCAGAGAGAACUAAACCUGCAGCUGUCGUUCUUGGCACCCGAGGAAGAAGUUUGUUUCAAAGUGUGCUACAAGGAAGUGUUGGUGAGUACUGCUUUCACCAUUGUAAAGCAGCACCUGUUGUAAUUGUUCCCGGAAAAGAUCUUGGUGAUGCAUCAAUAGUCUAAUGAAUUUAGGUUGUGUUAUGUAUAAAUCUUCAUUGUUUUGUAAUUGUAAUGAUGUAUCUAACAUCAUAUGUUGUGGUUUGUUUUUUACUCACUUUUCCAUUUGAAAAUUCGUCGGAAUUUUACUUGUUUUUGUAAGUAAUUGUAAAAUAUUCAUUUCAUGAAUGUAACUAUUGAAUGGCUUUCUAUAAAAA